AUGGUUGGUGAGAAUCACCAAGAUAUUGGUCAAAAUAGAACUCUAUUCGGAUCUAUCUCUCAGGAGGGAGGAAUGGCCGACACUCGAACAGAGACUGGGAGGCCGAGGACCAGGUCCCGUUUAGGAAGCCCGCUGGGAUACCUCCUGAGAUUACUGGAAGGAGGACCACAACAGUGGGCGGUUGUGGGUUUUCAUGGAUUUGCAUUACCUCUAGAGAGAUGGAGCACACGCGUGUGUUUCGACCCUAAAGAUCGGUACCACCUCGAGCUGAAUCAUGAGGAGACCUCCUGGAGAGUGGACGAAAAUUUCCAGUCAAACCGUGCACCAGCCUGUACCCUUGGCCAGAACUACGGAUGCUCCAGACCUGAGAUAGCUUUAUUGGAAGCCUCGUGCCGGCCAUGGGAGGUCGUAACUCUGGGAGUUGGAGGGUUUAGAUCGCCAGGAUAUAUAAAGUCUCAUGACAUCGCGUCAUAUCCAACCCCAACAAGUCAUCCCUCGUCUCGAGUACACCUCCCCGUGCCAGACUAUGGGACUAUAAAUCACGCGUCUUCUUUUAUGAACGGUAAGACGACUCACUUUGGCAACUGGAAGGGUACUGAUGUUGACUUGUCACCAGGUGGUCAAGACUUGGGAAAGACUUUUGAAGACACAUAUUCUUCUCAGUAUAUGCAGCUCUUCAUCCCGGACAUGUGUGACGAUGCACUCCAUUCACCUCUCGGGUCACUCAGCACGUCUCCCAACGAUUCCGAGUCUUCCUUUGGUG